CUCUCUGUAACACUCCAGCUUCCGUUAUCUACCUUCCGGUGUUGUGAAGUGAAUCGCGUCCCUGUAGAAACGCGCCUUCCGUCUUCAGGUAAGUAGAGCAGCAGCGGAACCAAGCCAGACAUUCCACUCGGUACCGGAUGAUUUUAUCGAUCAUUACUGAUCAACAUGACUCUGAUCACCGACUAUAGAUACUUUAAAGCGCUUAGCGCAUCGCUGUUAUCAGGCUAGCUACAGGAUGGCUACAGGCUAGUUACAAAGUUUGGAGGGUUCGCUUAUGGGGUGCGAAGUUGGCAUUAUCCUCCUGUUGUCUUUGGGCAGAUUUUGGCGCAGCUUUGAUUCUGUUUUUAGAUGUUCUGGUUCUGUUUUUCUGCUGAUUCGUGUUCUGUGCAUUAAAGUUGAUCGGUUCUGUGAAUCAGUGACCCUGUGGUGUCAUCGGUCUUGUCUUCCCGAGGACAAAGUCCAAACUGGGUCCUGUCAGUUGAGUGCGGUUAUGAAACCAACCGAUGUCCUGUUGAGUAAUAAAAAAGUUAACAAAUAAAAGUUCUGUAUCAAUAAUGUCACAUUUUUCCAUUCCAAAUAAAAUAACCUUAUUUAUUAUAUUUUUUUAAAUAAACAUUCUUGUACAACAACAAUCCAAAAGAAAAACUUCACUCGCCACCCCUGAUGUGUUAGCUUCCGCUAAAUAUCAUGUUGGUAUAGCGGUUUAGCCUUAGCUUACACUAAACAUUAUGUUGUCAUAGUGUCUUAGCAUUAGCUUAGACUAAUUAUCAUGCUGGUAUAGCAUGUUAGCGUUAGCUUACACAAAACAUCAUGCUGACUUAAUUCUCUAGUAUUAGCUUAUACUAAAUAUGUUGAUUUGGCACUUUAGCAUUAGCUUAUGCUAAAUAUGCUGGUUAAGCCAUUUAGCAUUAGCAGAACUAAUGUUUGUGAUUAGUGCUUUAGAGCUAGCACAGCUAGCUUUUUGGUUAGCAGUGCCCACCACUGGAUAUAAGCAAUAAUCAGCGGGGCUGUAUGUACAUAUUUGAACCUGUGAGGAUCAAAGACAAUCCUGAAGCAGGAUAACAUCCCAGAAUAAGUCUCCAUGGCAACGGAGGUGUUGUGGACCCUUCCUGGAUCUUUAAUGUGGGAAUGUUUCUGUCCAGGUAGGUCCUCUGGACCUCCAGACCGGAACCACAGGAUGCUGCAGCGGGUAGCGGUGGUUGGAGCGGGAGCAGCCGGACUCUGUGCAGCUCGCCACAUCCUGACCCGCCCCGCCAGCUUUGCCCCCCCAGUGGUGUUUGAGGUCAGUGGGAAUGUGGGGGGGACCUGGUGCUAUGAGGAGCGAAUCGGGACAUACCCCAACGGGAGACCGGUGCUCAGCAGUAUGUACAGGGACCUCAGAACCAACCUGCCCAAAGAGGUGAUGAUGUUCCCUGACUUCCCCUUUGAUCCUGAGCUGAGCAGCUUCCUGUCCCACCAGGAGGUCCAGCGGUACCUGGAGAGGUACUGUGAGAACUUCCGGAUCCGGCCUCACAUCCGGUUUGACACAGCCGUGGAAAACGUUACGCCUGUUUCCACGACAGCAGAGAACGGGGAGAGCAAGAUCACAUGGGAAGUGACAUCAUUAGACUCAACGGGUCAUCAGAAAACGGAGACAUUUGAUGCAGUGUUCAUCUGUUCAGGGCAUUACUCAGACCCACACAUCCCAAACAUCCCGGGGAUACAGAACUUUAAAGGAACGGUUCUCCACAGUCACUCGUACCGCUUCGCCGAGCCAUUCUCGGGUCAGAGGGUGGUGGUUCUAGGAGCUAAAGCUUCCGGACUGGACAUUUCCAUUGAGCUGGUCAAGGCUGGAGCCAAGGUGACUCUGAGUCACCGGAACCCUCCGCUGACCGUUCCUCUUCCUCCCGGGAUCCAGCAGGCGAGCUGCGUGGUGGCGGUCCAGGACGACGGAACCAUCCGCCUCCAAGAUGGCUCCGUAUGUCAGGCCGACGUUCUGAUUUUCUGCACUGGGUACAACUUCAGCUACCCGUUCCUGGACCCGGCCCGGCUGGGUCUAGAGAUCCAGAACCAUGUGGUGUCCCCUCUGUACCGCUACAUGAUGCCUCCCGCCUUCCCUUCACUGAUCUUCAUCGGCAUCUGUAAAAUCAUCUGCCCCUUCCCCAACUUCGACUGCCAGGUCCAGUUCGCCCUGGCGGUGCUGGACGGGUCGGUCGCCAUGCCGCCUCAGGAGCAGAUGGAGGAAGUGGUGCGGAGGGAGCACCAGAGGAAACUGGAGGCCGGGGUCCAGCACCACCACUUGCUGAAGUUGGACCAGGACCAAUGGGAAUACUGCGACACUCUGGCCGGUUCCGCCGGCUUCCCGCCUCUCCAGCCGGCAGUUCGCAGCCUCUAUGAGGAGGUCUGGAGGCAGAGACAGGUUCACCCAGAAAACUACCGGGAGUUCAACUACAGGCUGGUGAGCGCCACCCGGUGGGAGCAGAUCAGCUGAUCAGGAGGUCCAGCAGAUUCUACUGAGACCCGGAGAACCUCUCUAGCUUGUCUGCAAUUCUGGCGCCAUCUGCUGGUCAAGACCCGGAACUACCCCUGUGACUCUUUAGCUCUGGAGUUCCCAGACCUUACCAUGCCAUGGCUCCCCAAACAGAAACCCAAAACAUGUCGAGAAACAUCGACUUGCAGAAUGUUUUUCUCACUUUUACUCACUAUUCAAUAAUUACUACAUUAAUGUAUCAUAAAUUAUUAGGUUAUUAGUGUUUCUCUGCAGGAGUUUCCUGAAGGAACCAGCUGCUGGACCGUUCCUUCAGUUUGUUUCUGGUUAGAAACUUUUCCAUUUUGCUGCUAUGCUAGCUUAAGCAGCAAAGCACCUUAACGAAUCAGUGAGAUGAGCAUGACGAAUACAAUUUUAAUAAUGUUUUAAGAACUUUUAGAAUUAUGAUUUUAAAACAGAUUAGAUCAUAAUUUUUUAUCAUCUAAAAAAUUAUAAUUAAAAAUUUCUUAUGUUUAAGAUUCAAUCUUGGAUCCAUAUUUCUGAGACCAGCUAGCGCCUCCCGGUGGCCCAACAUGGGGCUGCAGCCUCCACUGUGAAAAAACACUCUCACUCAUGUGGCACUUUAAACACUGAUUAUCAUCAUAAUUAUCUUAGUCUUACAUCAUUAUCAUCACUGUAUAAAAUGAUUUCCAUUAAUCUGUAUUGAUGGCAUAAAUAAAGUUUAUUCUGUAAAAUUG